AUGCACAUGUACAAUAUUUACUUCGCGUACUUCACAAGCAUUUUCUACGAUUUUAAUUUCAAAGCUGGCUGUUUUGGUCGUGCCAUCGCAGAGACCAAACCCGGCGGGCUAGCGCUGACGACGUUUUCCGAGGCGCCACAAGCAGCCGGUGGAGUGGUGCUCGUCGAUUCUCCUGCUGCUGCUGCUGCUGCUGCUGCUGCUGCUGCUGCUGCUGCUGCAGGCAUCGACGGCUACAGCAACAAAAGCAUCACACCUCCUUCGGCCAACGUGAAGCCCAUCAGCAGCCGCAGGCGGUUGACCUCUCUCGCCAUCCACAAUUUUGCCGGUUGCAGCAACGACGGGGACGACGGCGACUCUGCAAAGGACAAGAAAAUAUACCAGCCUGUCGUUCAUCUCAAGUCAGACGGCGACGACGACAAGGCAGAACACCAGCAGCAGCGGCAGCGGCAGCAGCGGCAGCAGCAGCAUUGCCCGACGCCGGGGUCUACGGUGCACACCCGAUCCACCAGCUCAUUCUCUUCUUGGUCGGUCGGCUCAAUAUACGCUCCUUCUCGUGAGAGUGCCGGCAAGGUCCCCGACAUCCGGACCAUCGUCGACCUCGCCACCGGCCGAGCGGGUCUACGAGUGUCAGCGGCGAAGGUCGGCCCGUCGCCGAGCGGCAGCGCCUGCAGUGGCGGCAGCUCAACCUUAAGCAGCCGCGACGACAAGCACCCGUGCUCCACGACGACGCCUUCCGGCCCGCACGCGACUCCGGUCAGGCGUCCGCGCCUGGACAAGGCCCUGCCGCCGCCGCCGCCCCCGCCGGUUUCACCGCUCAGCCGCCCCCCCCACCGCAGCCUUAGGGACGCCGACGGGCCUUGUGGUCACGCCCCGAGAGCCUCCGUCGCCACCGUGGUGGAGAUGCUGGCAAAGGCGGACGCAGAGGAGGCAGUAAAGUUGUCGAACGACGGGGCGGUGACGGCGGCGGAAGCAGAAGCAGAAGCAGAAGAAGCUCGGGCAAAACCCACGGGAGGCAAGAGCACCACUUCCAGUAUUGGAAGGAUGAGGAGGCCUCCGCCUUCACGGCCGCCUCAGCGUGAGCAGCAGCAGCGGCGCGGUUAUCAUUACGAGCACCAGCGCCGGGAUGGCUCGGAUCCCGCGCUCUCCAGCCGCCCUGUCGUCGUCAACCCUUACCGCGUCGCCGAAAAGAGCGGGAGCUCUCGCGCCGUGGACGCGAGGCAGCGGCAGAGAAAGGGAGGAGGGCGGCAACGGCGCCGCGCCAAGAAAGACGGGAUGCUGGAAGGCGCGGGGGGCGGUUGUAGAAGCGGCGCCAACUUCCGAGGGCGCAGGCGCGGGGGGCAGCAGCUGCACCAGGCCGGAGGGUCCUCGACUGUUGAGUCGAGCCCUUCUACGUCGUGCUCUUCCUGGGCUGCGUCUUCCCCUUCGGCUGCCGCUAGCGGCAGCGUCUACACGGUCGACUGGAUCUGGCCCGCGAAGGGCCCGCAGAAGCAGCCGCCGCGCCUCGUCUGCCGCUACGACGAUGGAACCGACGACGACGUUCUCGCCUGCCCCACUCCCAUCGGCAAGAUGGGCCGCCUGCCCGCCGGAGGAGGAGAAGGAGGCGGAGGCGCUCGAGAGUGCGACGACGGCGCCGACCUCUCCCGCUUGCGCGAGUGUCGCAUUUGUCGGUCACCGGCGUGCGGCCACGCGGCGUGGGCGGCGGCACUGGAAGCAGCGCAAGCCUCCGCGCAGCGAGCGGCGGCGAGCCGUUCAUCCGCGGGGGAGCCGGCGGGUACGACGGCCGGCGGCGGCGGGACGGCCACAACCCCUAGCAACUGCGGGGUUCCACUGUUCGGGGCAUUCCAUCCCGACGGGCACGGCGGGUGGAUCGGGUCGCUGUUGCCUUCCCCCCCUGUGGCACCGGCAGGUCCUCCUCCGGCGACGGCUCCUUCGUGCGCGUCCAACUUCGACGGCGGGGGGCGCGAACAAGCGGUCGCCACCGACGACGAAGACCUGGACGAUCUCGCACCGCUUCCCCCGCCACUGCCGGUGCGGUCGGCCAGGCAGAAAUCGGCGAGGCGGGCGGCGGGAGGCGUUGCGGCGGGUGGGUCGUCCGGCGGCGGCGGUGGCGGCGGCAACGAUGCCGGUGACCACCACCGUGCGGAGGUGGCGACGGUGGCGCAGGCCGAGGGGUGGUGGCGCGUCUUUCGGAGCUGGUUUGAAGGGCCGCAGGCUGACGGGGAAUCGCCGGUGCCCCCGUCCACGGCGGCGGCGGCGGCACCGGCACCGGCGGCGACGACGACGAUGAUGACCCAGGAGGACACCAUUUCGGAUUUUCUUAACCCCUUUUCGCCCGCCUCUUACAGGCGCUUCUCCGCCUCGCUUGCUGACGCCGGCGCUCCCAGCGAUGGGUACGGCAGCGGGGAUGGGUUUUUUGGUGGUGGUGGCGGUCGCGAUGCUGCUGGUACUCGCCGGUCUCCGGAGAUGGCGAAGCUAAAUCUCGAGGAGCGCGUCAUGGGGUGCAUAUUCGGAGGUAGUGACAGCCCGGACGGAUACGGGGACGAGGCGAUGAUGACGUGGCAACGCGGGCGAGAGAUAAACGGGGGGGGUCGUCAGGAGGACGGCAAAGGAGAGGUAAGGGAGAGCGAGCCUCCCCCCGCGUGCUUCACCGUUCGUCAGCAUCCCCCCCCGUCCCGCCUGCUGCCCGACAACGCCUGGCGCUUACCCGCCGGCGUCGAGGACGCUUUGGGUUCCCCGGCUGCCCCUGACGGCUGCACCGCCGACGGGCUGUCGAAACCAUUUGGCAACGCUGCCACGCGUAGCGCCGGGAUGGCAAGGGUGCGCGCUUUCCGCUCUUCUCCGGCCCUGCGGCCGCCGGGGACGCCGCGCUCGUCGCCCCGCAGGGUUACGGCGG